GCUGAACCCGCCUCCAGGCCCCGCGGCGGCCCGGGCUGGGGGACGCGGCUCGCCGGCCCGGUGCGGGCGGGGUGGGCUCGGCUGCGGCGGGGGCUGCCAGGUGGGCGCGGGGCGCGUCGGGCGGACCGGAGCGCGCGGGGCGAUCGCGGGGCCGUCGCGGGGCCGGGCCCUUCCCGCGAAGCGGCGUCCCCUCCCGGCGGCCCGGUCCCGGCGGCGGGGGGGCGCGGCGGAAACUUCCAGCAGCCGCGCGGGCUCCGGAGCGCCGCGUCGACGUCCCGGCGCGGGGCAGGGCGAGCCGCGGCCCCCGCUGCCGUCACCGGAUGCGGCCCGGGCCGCGGGUCGGGGCCGCGCGACCCCGCGGGACGGCCGCGCGUCAUGGUGGACUACUACGAAGCGCUGGGCGUGAGCCGCAACGCCACGGCCGACGACAUCAAGAAGGCGUACAGGAAGGCAGCGCUGAAAUGGCACCCAGACAAAAACCCGGACAACAAGGAAUACGCCGAGCAGAAGUUCAAGGAAAUCGCCGAGGCCUACGAAGUGCUGUCGGACAAGCAGAAGCGCGAUGUCUACGACCGCUAUGGCAAAGAGGGUCUCAUGGGGGCAGCAGGGCCGGGGGGCUCCAGGGCCGAUGCUGGGGCUCCUGAAUUCACCUUCACCUUCCGCAGCGCUCACGACGUUUUCCGGGAGUUCUUUGGUGGCAGGGAUCCCUUCGCUGACUUCUUCGACGAGAUGCUGCCCUUCUCUGAGCUGCGGGGUGCUGGCCCCCGGCACCACGGAGGGGGACACUUCUUCUCUACCUUCCCUGGAUCCUCAGAUUUCUUCGCCUCGUCCUUCAGCUCGGGGGCCGACGCGGGGCUGGGAUUCCGCUCCGUCUCCACCUCCACCACCUUUGUUAAUGGUCGGCGUAUCACCACAAAGCGGAUUAUUGAGAACGGGCGGGAGCGGGUGGAAGUGGAGGAGGACGGGGAGCUGAAGUCGAUCCACAUCGAUGGCGUCCCUGACGACAUGGCGCUGGGGCUGGAGCUGAGCCGGCGGGAGCAGCAAGCCUUCUCCAGCCCACGACCCCCCUCGCCCCCACCACCCGCCCCACAGCAGCCCCCAAGCUCCUCGCCCAUCUGCCUCUACACGGACAGCGAGGAUGAAGACGAGGACUUGCAGCUGGCCAUGGCCUACAGCCUCUCUGAGAUGGAGGCCGCGGGGCACCACCAAGCAGGUGUGUUCUGAGGCUGCUGCGCCCGGGGACCGUGCACGCCCGCUCGCCCACGGAGGCACAGAGGACUCCGCUUUGUCCCUGCACGGCCACCCCCUGCCACCUCCUUCCCCCAGCACCCUCCAGCUCCAUGGGAUAUAGCGGGGGCGGGGAUGGGGAUGGAUAGCGCGUGUGGCCGAGCAAGACCCAUAGGAUUAGAAGGGUGGACCCUGAGCGUGCCCCGUGCGCCACAGGGUGCUGGGGAGGGGGUGGUGAGAGGGGGCUAGAGCAGGGAUUGCUGUAGCUUAGCCCGAGCUGGCUGCUGGGGGGGUGCAGGGCUUGCUCCCCGAGGUGAGGUUCGGGGGCACAGGGGGCUGUGGCAGGCAGCGAGGGGCAGCCAGCCAGGGCAAAGGUAACGCUGCCAGCCUCUGCCUCCAACCACACACCCACAGCCCCCCCAAACCCCAUCUGCCUACAGCAGUCAAUAAACCUGUUUGCAGGA